UCUAUUUUUGUUCCUUUUUAAUCAAACCACCUAUACCCAAUUCCCAACCUAACCCAAACCGUACGGACUGAUCAUUCAAAACAAUCCUCACGUUCUUCCAACAACUGUGUUUUUCAUCGUCAUCUUCUUCUUCUUUCUCUGUUAUCAAUUGCAAUCAUGGCGGAAUCCGUCGAGCUCCCCACUCGUCUUGGGAUCCUUCCUUUCAGGAAUAAGGUGCUUUUACCUGGAGCCAUAAUUCGAAUUCGUUGCACUUCGCCCAGCAGUGUGAAAUUGGUGGAGCAAGAGUUAUGGCAGCGAGAAGAGAAGGGAUUAAUUGGCAUUCUUCCUGUUCGAGAUGCUGCUGAGGCGGCAGCAGUGGGGACUGUACUAUCUCAAGGUGUUGGAGGUGAUUCAGGGGAGAGAAGCUCAAGAAUCCAAGUUGGUGCAUCGGAGCCUCACAAGCUUGAUGGGAAAAAUCAACAGGAAGUUAUUCAUUGGCAUACAAGGGGAGUUGCUGCUCGUGCAUUGCAUUUGUCAAGAGGAGUGGAGAAGCCAAGUGGAAGGGUUACCUAUACAGUUGUCCUUGAAGGCUUGUGCAGAUUCAGUGUACAGGAACUUAGCACAAGGGGUACAUAUUAUACUGCAAGGAUAUCUCCUCUUGAAAUGACAAAGACUGAGAUGGAGCAAGUGGAGCAAGAUCCAGACUUUGUAACAUUGUCUCGCCAGUUCAAAGCUACUGCAAUGGAGCUGAUAUCUGUUCUUGAGCAGAAACAAAAAACUGGUGGAAGAACAAAAGUUCUUCUAGAGACUGUUCCAGUUCACAAAUUGGCAGAUAUAUUUGUUGCUAGCUUUGAGAUAAGUUUUGAGGAGCAACUAUGCAUGUUGGAUUCUGUAGACCUGAAAGUGAGACUGUCAAAAGCUACCGAAUUAGUUGAUCGGCAUUUACAGUCCAUACGAGUAGCAGAGAAAAUUACGCAAAAAGUUGAGGGCCAGUUGUCAAAAUCACAGAAGGAGUUUCUUUUGCGACAGCAGAUGAGAGCUAUCAAGGAAGAGCUUGGGGACAAUGAUGACGAUGAAGAUGAUGUAGUCACACUAGAAAGAAAAAUGCAAAGUGCAGGAAUGCCUUCGAAUAUAUGGAAGCAUGCACAGAGGGAAUUAAGGAGGCUUAAAAAAAUGCAACCCCAGCAACCUGGAUAUAAUAGUUCACGUGUUUAUCUGGAGCUCCUUGCCGAUCUUCCAUGGCAGAAGGCAUCCGAGGAGCCUGAAUUAGAUUUGAGAGCUGCCAAAGAACGUCUUGAUAUUGACCACUAUGGUUUAGUCAAAGUCAAGCAACGUAUUAUAGAAUAUUUGGCUGUUCGCAAGCUCAAACCCGAUGCUAGAGGCCCUGUCCUAUGUUUUGUUGGUCCACCAGGUGUAGGGAAAACAUCUUUGGCUUCAUCUAUUGCAGCUGCCUUGGGAAGGAAAUUCAUACGCAUAUCUCUUGGUGGUGUUAAGGACGAGGCUGACAUAAGAGGACAUAGGAGAACAUAUAUUGGAAGUAUGCCGGGUAGACUCAUUGAUGGACUAAAGAGAGUAUCUGUAUGUAAUCCUGUCAUGCUGCUAGAUGAAAUUGACAAGACAGGGUCUGAUGUACGUGGCGAUCCAGCCUCAGCCCUACUGGAGGUUCUUGACCCUGAGCAAAAUAAGACGUUCAAUGAUCACUAUUUGAAUGUUCCGUUUGACCUUUCGAAGGUAGUUUUUGUGGCAACUGCAAAUAGGGUGCAGCCUAUUCCUCCUGCACUCUUAGACAGGAUGGAAGUCAUUGAGCUGCCUGGAUAUACACCAGAAGAAAAGCUAAAGAUAGCUGUGGGCCAUUUAAUUCCACGAGUUCUUGAUCAGCAUGGGUUAAGUUCCGAGUUUCUCCAAAUACCUGAGGCCAUGGUGAAAUUAGUUAUUCAGAGAUACACUAGAGAGGCUGGUGUUCGUAAUCUGGAAAGAAGCUUGGCUUCUUUGGCUCGUGCUGCAGCAGUAAGAGUUGCAGAGCAAGGGCAAGCUACUCCGCUGCACAAAAAUGUCCACCAGCUUACUUCACCAAUUUUGGAAAAUAGACUUGCUGAUGGAGCUGAAGUGGAAAUGGAAGUGAUUCCAAUGACCGUAAAUAAUCAUGAUAUAGCAACUGCAUUUAAGGUUGUUUCACCAUUAAUUGUGGAUGAGACUAUGUUGGAGAAAGUUCUAGGGCCUCCAAGAUUUGACGACAGAGAAGCUGCAGAGCGAGUUGCAUCACCCGGUAUAUCUGUUGGGCUUGUAUGGACUUCUUUUGGUGGAGAGGUCCAGUUUGUGGAGGCCACGGAAAUGGCAGGGAAGGGUGAAUUACAUCUGACUGGUCAACUUGGAGAUGUUAUUAAAGAAUCAGCACAAAUAGCAUUGACAUGGGUAAGGGCCAGAUCGACUGAUCUUAAGUUGGCUGCUGCUGAGGGAAUCAGUCUACUGGAGGGUCGAGAUAUUCACAUACAUUUUCCUGCUGGGGCUGUACCCAAGGAUGGGCCAUCAGCAGGUGUGACUUUGGUGACUGCACUAGUGUCAUUGUUCAGUAAAAGACGAGUCAGAGCAGAUACAGCAAUGACAGGAGAAAUGACGUUGAGGGGUCUUGUACUUCCUGUUGGCGGAAUCAAGGAUAAGAUAUUGGCAGCACAUCGAUACGGCAUCAAAAGAGUUAUCCUACCGGAGAGAAAUUUGAAAGACUUGGUUGAAGUACCACCAGCUGUGCUAGCCAGUCUAGAGGUUCUACUUGCAAAGCGAAUGGAAGACGUGUUAGAGCAAGCGUUCGAAGGGGGAUGCCCUUGGAGACAACAUUCGAAAUUAUGACAACACCUAUAGGCAUCUUUUCUUUGGGAAAAUGGUGAGUAAAUUGCUUUAGCUGAUUGCCACACAUACAUGAGAGACAUAUAGCGUUUGGGCACGAGGUUUCGGUAAUCCCAACUGAUAUAAUGCUGAUCAACACAAGCAUGCUUGGAGCUUUUCACUUAUAAAAAACACAUCCAAGUUGUGAGAUUUUGGAUGGAAAAGUGAGGUAUUGGUUGGUGGUACGUGAUAUUUUUUUUUGCUCACCAAAAUGUAAAUUGAGUAUGGCAACUACUUCCCUCAAUUUUAUUUUUCUUAAUCUUGACAAGUCUUUGUUGUUGUUUAUGUAUCUAUAAAUAACCUAUAUCAAUUAUUCAUUUGCGGGAUUGGUUGCCCUAUUCUUAUGUUUAACUUGUAUGUUUCUUUUUGAAGGGAUGAUACUUUAUUA